AUGUGGCUUGAUCACAACUCCCUGCGUCAGCUGCCAAAAUGCCUCUCUCCAGCCACAUGGGUUUCAUGUACUUCGUACUCCGUAAGCAUUGUUCCCGACGCAUUCGUCCAACGCUUUCUCGCAGACACUGCCCACUUGGCUCACAGAUACGGAUCCCAAGCCGACUGUCAACCACCUGCCUCCCACACACUAACAGCAACAUUGCCCGUCUGUGUGUCGGUCGAUUGCCCACCAGCUGGCCCUGGCUCCUCCGAGAUACGCGCGCUGAAGAGUUCUGAAUCUGAAUCUAUCCGUAACCACGAGCUGCUCUACUCGUCACCUUUGGAUAGCCCCGAGCGACACGCGGAGGGCCGCCAGUGUCCGGCGAGCACCAACCAGAGGUCCUUGUCGCGGCAAUCCAUCCAGGGGCACACUGCAAGACCUCCCCCUCCAUCUCAAUCCGACGCCCUGUUUGGUUCGCACCAAGGUGUGUGUACCUUGCUUCAGCGCGCCUUAGCUGAGCAUUAUUCGAGCCGGUGGGGGAUCGAAUUGGAUUGCACAAUUUUAAAAAAGAGGAAAAAGAAGCACCGCACCAUCAACUACCCCCUGUCAGGAGUCCUGCCUGGUUUGGGACUCCCAGAAACCUUUCUGAUAUACCUGCUCUCUCUCCCCCUCGUGUGCCCGAGGGACCAUCCUGUUUCCGCUCGCUGGCAAAGACUGGUAAAUGUCAGUCACUCGCCUGCAUCUGACGUUUCGAAGAGCGCAUUCGGCUAUCGUCUGAGAACGCCUCCACGCGCUAUUACCCUGGACCUGAAUACGGUUACCUACCGCGCAUGCCUACACUACCUUACGAAUACCGCUCCUGGACUACCUUACCUUGCACCUAAAGAUACAACUACGUACUAUACCGCCUCGCCAACUCCGUCCUCUCCUCGUACCCAUCUCCCCUUCCGUCGCCGCCCUUCCCCCCAUCUCGCAUCUUGCAUCCUGGCUUAUCGACUCGCACUUUGGCUUCAAGGAACUGCCCGACCUUCAAUCAACUCUUAUCCUAUUCCAGCGACAACGACCUGGCAAGGAGUCACUUGA